AUGUACCGACCAGUCCUCCUCUUCCUGGGCUUUACCACCCUCUCCACCGCUCUCCCACAGACCCGUCCACCAACUUCAACUACAACGGCACCAUAUACAUCUCCAACCCCGUUCCUCACCACAAGUACCACCCAACAAAACCCACAGGAACAAGUAAUCCACGACAUCAUCGAUACCGUGACCUGUACGGACCCGGAAUCCGGUACAACCACCACUUACGAAUCCCAUGAUAUUGAUAUCGACAGUACCACCGCCGCUAAUAAUAAUAAUAAUAACGACAAUAUAAACCCACAAUUCCCCAAAGAACAAACCCACAAACUAUCAAAACGUGGUAAUUGCCUGCCACGUACUCAACAGCAAUAUUUAGAUUACUAUGAAGAUCCGCCUAGUUUGGAUCAAAUGCUUCGACCGACGACAGGUGGUGCUGGUGGUGGUGGGAAUAUAAAUGCACCGAUUGGGAUUCAUUAUAGCCAGUUUGAGAAUGUUAACCGCCCUGAUGCUGGUGGUGCUGGUACUGGUGGUGUUGGGGAUAGAAGGGAUUCUCAUAUAAGUAAUAUAGAGAAUUUAGUAGCUGAGCCGUCUGUGGAAAGGAGUAUUGGGCAGGGGGUAGCUGUUAAUGAUGGUAAUAAUGAUAAUGGCGGUGAUGGUGAUGGUGAUGGUGAUGGUGAUGGGAUAGAAGAGGACCAUGAUUUUGAUUUGAGAAUGGAUGAAUUUGGGACGGGAUUAGAACCUGAUGCUUUAGAUUUCGAAAGAGGGAUUGUUGAGGUUCGCCGUGGUGUGGGCGGUGGGAUUAAUGGUAGGUAUGGAAGAGGGGGAGGAGGGAGAGCAAGGCUUUUGGCGGGAAGGUUUGGUGAUGUUGUUCAUGAUGCGCUUGAAGAAUACGCCGCUGCCAAUCGACGACAAGAUGAAGAGGAAGAGGAGAAGGAAGAUACAUCGCCAUCACCCCUCCAACGAGCACAUUCAAGACCUGAAGAACCUAAUCCUAUAAAUCUGGAUGAUUCGCAGUAUUCAGUUAUUGACCAGGAGACUAUUGAUGAGAUGAGGAGGGCGGUGAUGGAUGAAUUGGCUAGUGGGUAUGGGAAUAUUGGGAUUGAUAUUGGUGAUUAUGGUGAUGGUGAGAAUGGUGCGGGGGGUAAUUUGGAGGGGUUCCCGGAUACGACGGAUAUUCCACUGCAGAGUGUGCCGACGGGACAAGAAAAUGAGUUUCCGAGUGUGGGAGAGGAGACGACGAGGUUGUUUUGGGGGAAUGGGAGAGCGCCGGAUCCGGAUUUUGGGUGGCCUCCUAGGGGCGUGUGA